AUGACGAGAAGAGGAAGCACAACCAUCGCGGGCGAAUUGGUAACGUUCGAGCAAACGAGAAGAACCAGCCAAACUAGCAAAGAUCCCGAAGACGUCAAAGAAGCCGAAGCAAACGAGGAAUUGAAACGUUUAAACGACGAAGAAUCCACCGCACCCACAAACAAUGGACCGAAAUUCGGCAAACGACACAUACAAAUAUUCAGUUAUUGCUUCCUACUCUUCAUAAACCUGUGCAUGAGAUUGCACAUAUCGCUCACCGUACUCGCGAUGAUCGACUCAGCUAACCCCAACAAAAACGUGCCGACAUUCAACUGGACGAACAAAAACGUGAUCCUGUCGUCCUUCUUCUGGGGCUACAUCGCGCCGCAAAUCAUCACCGGCUGGCUGGCCACCCAAUACGGCCCCAAGUGGUUCGUCAUAGGCAGCACCUGCGUGACCUCCUUCAUCGAAUUCCUGAUACCCACGCUGGCCGUGCACUUCGGCUCCACGGCGGUGAUCGUCUGCAGGAUGCUGCAGGGCUUUUCGCAGUCCUUCCUCGUGCCCUCCUUGGGCUGCGUGUUCAGCAGAUGGGUGCCGGUGAGCGAGAGGGCCAGGGCCGGCGCUCUGAUGGCCGCUUGCACACCGAUGGCUACUAUAAUUUCGAUGAGUGUGGCCGGUCCGUUGGCGGCCAGCUCGUACGGAUGGCCUUUGAAUUUUUACACGUUCGGUUGCGUCGCUGUCGUUUGGAGCGCGAUCGGAGUGUUUUUCAAUUACAGCUCGCCGAGCAGCCAUCCUAAUAUAUCCCAAUUGGAGAGGACAUUCAUUAUCAAAACUACUGUUAACACCGACGGGCCACAGAGAAAAACUCCAUGGGGAAGGAUCUUAACGAGCGCGCCUCUGUGGUCCCUCAAGUACUCCUAUACGAGUUACGUUCUGCUGACGUGGAUGUUGUUGACGCAAAUUCCGAGUUAUUUGGGCAAAGUGUUGCAAUUCAACAUAGCGACGAACGGCUACAUGACCUCGUUCAUUUUCUUCUUCCAAUGGAUGUUCGCGGGGCUGAUGAGCAUCCUAUCCGAUUACUUGACGAAUAAUAAUUAUUUGCGAAUAACCGCGGCUAGGAAGAUUUUUACCGCCAUUGGAUUGGGAGUACCUGCAGUAGCGAUGAUAUUCCUCGCGCAAUGCACGAAGGAUUCCUCGACGAUGGCAGUGACGUGGUUGCUGGUGAGUGUGGGAGCAGAAGGGGCCUGCAUGUGCUCGCUGGUGAUAAACGCCUUGGAGAUAGCGCCCAAUUUCGCUGGUAUCCUGCAAGGAUUCAUCAACGGGUUUUCGCACGUGUUCGCUCUGCUGGCUCCUCUGCUGGUGGAUAUUUUUGUUAAAGACGAAAAUGACCCGGAGGAAUGGAAGAAGAUUUUCUACUUGAUCAGCGGCGUGGCUUUUAGUGGAGCUUUGGUGUUUGUUGCUUUCUCUACGGCUGAACCUUUACCGUGGAACGACGAGGAGGAAAAGAAAGAUGGUAUUAAAAGCUGA